AUGACAACGGAUGCUGUGACAAACUCUCUGGGUAAACCGGGCAAAUUUCAAGUCCUGUUCUACUUGUAUCUUGCUGCGAACUGGAUUUAUAUCAGUUGGAACCAUCUUGGAAUGGCAUUUAUAGGAGCGAAAACUAAGCAUCAUUGCACAGUAGCAAACAGCACAGAUGUUAACCUGCUUGUACCAUUGAAAAGCAAAAAUGGAAAGUCAGUAUGGGAUGGAUGUCAUCUUUUUGAUGGUUAUAAUACUUCAGAAAAGAUACCAUGCCCAAAUGGUUGGACUUAUGAUCUACCUGAGGGCGAAGCGACUAUAAUAUCCGAGGUAAAAUUUUCUCAAUUUUUUCCCCGGUAGUUAGACACACACCACGGCAGUUUAUUGCGGAAUACUACUUAUAUUAACUGAACCUCAUCGUUGCAGACUUUCUGGAGUCAUGGAGAGACACUAUCUUCAUAGUCUAAGGGACUAAUUCCAAACUUAGUUGAAUUGUGAAGGGAGUAAAGCUAGCUGAUUGAACUUGGAGUUACUGGACAACAAUUGCAAUUGGCUAUACACCUGUUGGACCUCACGUUUGUGAAUGGCGCCUAAAGGUGUCUUUAAUCAAUUAAUCCAAUAUUACUACAAAAAUUAUAUACAAAAAUUACUAAAUAACUCAUCCGCAUUUAGCAAAGCUAUUUAAGGCUCCUGUCUUAAACAGUUGAAACUGUCUGCAUAAUAAAGGCUAGAUCGACAUAAUCAUCACAAGAGAUGAGGAUUCCCAACGACAUUUUCUUAGUUAUUCUUACAUUUAGUUUUAAAUGUUGAUCAUUUACUUCAGUGAAUUACGGAUUGAUAAUGGUAAAUAGUUUUUUACAGUUACACGUAAACUACGUCAAGCGUUCCGCUUUUGAGUUCCUAACUUGAUUGCAGUUCCUCAUUAUCUUUGCAAACUUCUUCCAUUUAGUGGGAUCUUGUCUGUGAUGAUGCUUACAAAGCCAACCUGGCCACAACCAUGUAUUUUGUUGGAGUAAUGUUAGGGAGUCUGGUGUUCGGAACAUUAUCAGAUAAAUUUGGAAGAAGACCUGUGUUUCUGUUUACAAUGUUCUGUCCAUUUGUUCUUGGCUUGUUUUUGUUCUUUAUAAAGAACUACGUCGCCUUUGUUGUCCUUCGGUUCUUCCUUGGAUUCUUUCUUCAGGUUAGUUGAAGUAUAAUAAUAGAUCACGCUAAAAUAAUAGAUCACCCGAUAUCGAUACCUCGAAAAGUACCUAUAAACCGAUUUUCAUUUCCCAUGUCUUGGAACUGAAAUAUUUUUACGGGAACUAACACUUUCAAACACGCCGAGUUCAAAUCCGAAAGUUCCCGCUCCGUAGACCUGCAGUUUUCUCUCAAACUGCAAUUUUAUCUUCACUAAUUUCACGACAAUUUUUUUCAUUGUUCAACGACACGGUCGAUGAAGACAAACGCUUAUGUCACUCAAAAGGACCAAUUUCUAUUAACCAGUCUUCCUUUUAAGGCAAAAGACCGUUUUGCUCAAAUCAUUUUGAGUUAUAUAAUAUUAUGCAUGUUGGACAUAAACAACAUAUCUUGUCUACAACUUUAAUGCUAAAGUCUAUGUAACUGGCCUGAAAAAUAACGCCAGUAAGGUAUUUAAAACAAAAGUAACGCGAAGCCAACGUAACGGCAAAGACAAUGCUAACAUGAACUAUUGUCGAUGGGUUGCUGGUAGAAGACUUACGACAGGAUCACUCUUAAAUAACCUUAAGGUGGCUCCAUACACUUUUCAUCAUCGGGGGACUGGUACUUAAUCUUGUCCUAAUGUUGAGUUUUCGCGCGAAAAUAUUAAAAAUAUAUGCAAAAAUAAAUACAACUUUUUCAGUCUGAAAUCCGAACCACAAGUCAUGUUUAUUUGGAUGUUUUGAGUCUUCCUUGUUCUCAUUUGUCCUCAAAGAACAAACUUCGUCCUGAUUUUGUCCUGGACAUUGAAUAACUAGUCUUUUUAGAAGACAUUUUAAGGUAAAAAAUGCAAUGUUCAACUUUCGAACUCUUGUGAAAACCGGCGAUCGGCCCGACCGGCGAAAAGUUUUUUACUCCAAUAUUUGGUGAUUUAUAAGUUCAUAUAUCCAAAGUUUUUUGUACUUACAACUGGUAAAUGUAUUCAAAGUGUUACUAACAGCAAAGGAAUUCAGUGAAACAGCAUCUUGCGCGGGCUCAAACUGUUUUAAAUUGUCAACAACAACAUGAAAACACACAAGUUACGACUGUAAACGAAUAUAAAACUACGUAGAAAAGCCAAAAAGUUCAUACAUGUCACACAUAUCUUAUACCAAACGACACAAUCACCUGUUUUCUUGGCGUUAUCCCGAGUUAGCAUGCAAAACUAAAGAUAUUUGCAUUUCUAAGCAAGAAAACACAACAUAUAUUUGAUAUUUCGACGAGACUAAAAACUUUUUUGUGCGUGUUUUUCUGGAGAUGCGCCUGCGAAAACAUGUACGCGCAUGUCAAUUCAUUGAUCUUGCAGAGCUCGAAAAACUUUCGGCCGAGCGAGUGAGAUACCACAAUAAAACGGCGUAAUUCAAAAUUUUGCACGGUGACAUGUGAUGAAAUUUUGCACAACGAUAACUUCUUUUAAAACAAAUAGAAUAUCAAAAUUUUAAAAAAAUCUGUAGAUUGGAAAACUCUAAAUCCGCAAUUUUUUAUUCUGGCUUUUCUAAUCUACAGAAUUUUUUAUUUUCAGGGAUAAGAUUCAGCAUUAAAAGUGAAAGCUAUACAGCAGUUAAAAAUGGGGUGUCACCGGCAAUAUUCGGAAAAUAAAUAAUAAAAACCUGCUUAAAAUAGCAAAAAAUACCAUAUUUGGCGAGACUACUGUUACCAUGGAAACAAUAUUAUGUUCAAGAAUAUUGCAAAUGUUUUCUACCAAAUACUUAAUUUAUACUAGGGAAUGCUUAAAAUUAAUAGAUGAAGUGAUAAAAUUUAUAAAUUGAAAUUUUUACGCAAUAAGGUAUUUAUACUACGGAACUGUAUGGAGCCACCUUAAACAAGAAGAAUAAAUGUUCACAUCAAAGACAAAAAUCAGUGCCAAAGUGUAAAAUCUGCUCUGUAAACUUACGACGAAGUGGAGAAAUGUGUGCAUGAACUGUUUAUUUGGUGAUUUCAACGUAUAUGGAAGCCGUCCUUGUGAUUUUAUAGAGAUUGAGCCAGAACUGAGGAUUCUAGAAAGUGUUAUCUCACUUAUCUGUAUCUUCUCCAAGUUGUAGACAAGAUAUGUUGUUUACGUCCAACACGCAUAAUAUUACAUAACUCAAAAUGAUUCGAGCAAAACGGUCUUUUGUUAAGAUAUCUUAUAUACAAAAUAUCUAUAAAUAAUAAUAAUAUCUAAUAAUAUCUAUCUAUCUAUCUAUCUAUAAUAUCUAUCUAUCUUUUCGAUAUCUCAAAAUUCCUUACCUGAACGUAUUGCUCCCGUAAGAGUCACAAGAUCAUCUAUUAAUGUCAACGCAAGUCAUUCCGUCAACGAAAACAUAAAACAACAACUUAUAAUCGAUAAUCACCUAAGCGAUUUUCGAAAUAUUGUGGCGGCCGUCGGCCGAAGCCGUUUUGACUAUUAAAUGACGAAGAAAUGUGUAUUUUUAUAUAUUUUUUCCCCAAAUAAUCAUCUAUGAAAUUAUACUAAAACUAUUAUUCGCCUCAGGUUCGAUGAUUAUUGUUAAAUGAAAACUUCGACUUUGUCUCUGUCCCUACUCACCUAUAUAAUCACCUAGCCUUCGGCGAAAAAUUGUUAAUUAUUUCUGUUUUCUAUAUUUAUAUUUAUAUUGAUAUUUUGUAAAGGGCCCACUGUAAUUGGUGUUAAGCUGUUGUGGUGUCCCAGCUUCUUUAAUGCAAUUAUUGUAUGAUGUUUGGAAGCGAAGCACAAUAAAUAAAUAAAUAAAUAAAUAAAUAAAUAAAUAAAUAAUACAUAAACGCGUAAAAAACAACAAUAACUUUCAUCAUUUGAAUAGUUUGAAAAUGUAUUUGGAAUAGGUCUAACUUAAUGUUUAAGUUCCCUGUUUAAGAAAUAGAAAACAUACGAGUCUUCUCAUUUCAUGGGAAUAUCCCGAGUCUGCAAUCACGGCUUCAAUUUUUGAAUUGCAGAAUAAUUAGAUGCACUAUCUAGUGUAUAUAAGAUAUCUAUGGUUAAAAGGAAGACUGGUUAAUAGAAACUGGUCCUUUUGAAUGACAUAAUCGUUUGUUGUCAUCGAUCCGUGUCGUUGAACAAUGAAAACAUUUUUUAAAUUAGUGAAGAUAAAAUUGCGGUUUGUGAGAAAACAGCCGGUCUACGGAGCGGGAACUUUCCCGAUUUGAACUCAGAGUGUUCGAAAGUGUUAGUUCCCGUAAAACUAUUUCAGUUCCAAGACAUGGGAAAUGAAAAUCGUUUUCUAGGCACUUUUCGAGGUCACAGCAAACGGCCUAUAUUAUAUAGUUGCAUUGUAAAUUUUAUUUACUUGAUCCUCACUCCUUACUUCCAGGGCCUACAAAUUGCCACCUUUACCAGUCUGGUAGAGAUAUUUGCCACGCAGUACAGAACAUUCACCGGUCUUGGUGUAGGGAUUCCUUGGGCUACUGGAGUCAUGUUAAUGGCACUGUUCGCGUAUCUCCUCAAGGACUGGCAUUACAUUCAGCUGAUGUCCACGACAGUUUGCCUGUUUCAAAUUGGACUUGUUUGGUAGGUACUGGUAAGCAAUUCAGUCGUAAAUUCAACAGAUUGGUGAUUUCAAUAAACAUUAUGGGACAGCAGAUAUAAACGUUUUCACAUUUGUAAGCUAAAGUACGUAACAGAUACAAGACUACUGCAAAUAAUGAAAGGAAUGAAAAUUAUUUUCUCGCUUUGAUAACUGCGGGUUGACCACAAAAGUAUCUUCGUCUUGUUGAGGCUUCGGUCGCGCAAAAGCCAGACGGCAAGCAUCUUUCACCCGUGAGAUCGUGGGUCCUAUUGUCGCUGCGAACUCACAACACUUAUGUCACGAGUCAGUCAACCUUCCGGAAAUGUUGACAGGGCGGGUUGGGAUAAGUCCCUAGCUGACCCUUCCGAGUUCCGCCGUAGCUGUGCUCUGAAUCAUAAGGUGGCUGCCAAUGGUGCCAUAGCUUACAGUCUUUGACUCGAUUAAGUUGAACUGCGUCUCACGAGCUUAUGAUCCAUAAAAGCCUUCUCAUUUCCAAACUUAAACCUUCCCUGAACGUACAAGGUAGUUCAGUCAUACUUCUUCUACUCUAUUCCCCUUUCCAUACCCUAUUUACUUCCGCUCCCUUUCCUCUUAGAUUAUACUUGUAAUUCUAUACUCUGUAAUUAGUUGUAAUUUAUUCAUGCAUAUUAUAUAACUUUGUAAUUUUAUAUCAUUCUUUACUCUGAAGAUGUCUUAAGUGCAAGACGAAACAUUAGUUCUGUAAACAAUUAGAUUUAUGAAAAUUCAGUCUCUUUGUUAUGGCUAUUAUUAUAUUUAUACGGACAUUAUGCUGGGCAUUGAUAUUUAUUAUUAGAUUAUGAGUCAAAAUAGGUAUGACCAAUCAAUAUGCCUGUUAUGUGUAGUCAGACCAAAUUUGACCAAUCAAAUUACACGAACUAAAACACAAAAAAGUCAAUUUUCAUUUGAAUACCGCUUAUUUGACUUAUCGUUUGACUAAUCAAUCGCUGGCUCAAUGUGCAAAAAUUGAUCGAAGUUUACAUGCUGGAGUGUGAUAGAGUUGAUUGCGUGAUCGGAGUGAAGGAAAGCGUUUGCGCGCUGAGUGGGAAAUAAUUUUAAAACCUUGAUCCAAUUUUUUUUAUAUGCCUUUUUUACCUUAGUCGCGUAACUAAUCUGACCUCCCCUAGAUCCGCCCCUGAUUCAGGGAUAACAUUCAUUUACUAAAAUCUUAAAUUUAACCUAAAAUAUUCCACAUUUCCUGUAGGUGCUUCCCUGAAUCCAUUCGUUGGCUUCUAAUCAAUAAUCGUUUUGACCAGGCAGAGAAAGUCAUCAGAAACAUCAGUACAUUCAACAAGAUCCCUUUCCCACAAGAUAUAUUUGAUAAAACGGUGAAUGACGUUAAAAAGACGGAGGCAGACAAGUUAGAUAUCAAGAGUUAUACAAUUGUUGAUAUUUUCAGAUCAAGUGUGUUGAGGAAACGAUCUUUGAUUAUGAUGGUGAUUUGGUAAGUACUGCCAUUAAUUCCACUGCGUUAACAACGGAUCGAUAAGAGAUGGUGUUUCUCGACCAAACCGGGAAAAAAGCUUAGAACCGACCUAGUAUAACUGUAAUGACUACUGGAUAUCCAUUUCACAUAAUCUAAUAAUUUCACAAUAAAUAUUUCAGGUUUUCAACAUCUCUGGGUUACUAUGGACUAACAUUGAAUAUCUCAAAUCUUGCUGGAAAUAAAUACUUAAACUACUUCAUCAGUGGAGCAUUGGAGAUUGUCAUCAUUAUUUCAACCAUGUUUGUCCUAAAUAGGUGUGUUUUGGUGGUAUAUUGAAGAACAUAUUCGAUCAUCUCGUUACCGAAACCUCUCCAAUACGGACACCUCUCUAAUAUACCUCUCCCUGUAUAGCUUGCUAUUUAUGAAGGUAAAAGAUUGAAAAUUAUAUUAAAUAUUUUCUUUUUCUAGGUUUGGACGACGCAGGCCAUUAUUUGCUUAUUGUCUUAUCGCUGCAACAGUUCUUAUUAUUGCAGGAGUGUUGCCAAAGUCGAACAGUAAGAUAUUCUGAUGUUUUCUUGACAGACUUGACUUACUCGCAUAUUAUAUUUGAUUUCUUUAAUAAAGGACAUUGGCAAUAAAAAAUUAGUUUGUCUCAUUCAAAAGAACUCUUAAAAUUAUAUAUUAAACUCCAUUACCAAUUUGCCGUAUAUUUUUUUUAUUUAAUUAAACAUAUUUAUACGUUGCUUAAUUCUCAAAAUAUUUAGAUCGAAAUUAAUGAGCUGUCCGCCAUCUUGGACUAAUUCUUGACCUCAUUAACUAUGGUUUUUAUGACGUCAGGAGUUGGUCAACCAUGUAAAACUACUCUAAAAUAACCGAGUAACAAUCCAAAAUUGUUUGAAAUGUUUUUAGUCAUUUCAAAAAUUUCAGACAGCAACCAGAAACGAAAUUUUGGAUCCAUAUUGAUCGCUUACUCUUAAUAAGAUAAAAAAUUAGCGUGACCCCUCACUUGACGUAGCUAGCAUGCAUAUCCUCAACAAUCCAAGAUGGCGAACAGCUCAAUUUUUUCAGUCGAAAUUUUUUGAAAACCAAGCAAGAUAUAAACAAUCUGUAAUAGAGUUUAAUAUAUAGUUUUAAGAGUUCUUUCAAAUGAACUAAAAUAACUUUGUCAAUGUCCUUUAACUAUUGUCAAUGUCCUUUAAUUUAAGCUAGCUUUAGUCCCAGACUGAUCCAAGGCCAGCUGCUAGGGUUCUUCUCCUCAAUCUCUUUCUGUCCUUGUCGUGCCCACCAUCAGUUCAUUAAUAUAAAAAAAAAAAAAGAAAGGCGAUUUCGAAGGUCUACGCUCGAACUUGCAGAAUAUUGACUUUUCCAACAUCGUGGAAAGUAAUACUGAUGUAAACAGAGCCUGGUUGGAAUGGAAAGAAAGGUAUAUAGCCGUAGUACGUAACUUUAUUCCUUUGAGAAAGAUAAAAGGCAAGCGCUCACCACCAUGGAUAACUGGACAUAUAUUGUAUAUGAUUCGAAAGAAGGAAACGUUACGUAAAAAGCUGAGAAGUUCGUCUUCAAGUUUCUUGAUUGCCAAGUUCAAGCAACUACGGUUGGCAGUCAAACGUUUGAUAAGCGAAAGCCGAGCCAGAUACUUUGAGUCGCUGGAACAAGAUAUUCAGUCAAAUCCGAAAAGAUUCUGGUCUGCCUUCAAACUCUCCAAUAAAGCGAGCAGUGUUCCUCAACAAGUGUCAAUACCAUCAACUAUCCACGACACGGACACUGGUAAACCUGUUCGGAAAUUAGUUUCCAACCCGGUUGAGAUUGCUGAAGCCUUCAACAAUCACUUUACAUCCAUAUUCUCCAGUGAUACAGUCGAACCUCGCCUACAAUUAACACCUACAAGUGGGCCGGAAUUUUCCGAAAUUUCUCUCUCUCCUUGCGAAGUAGUCUCCGCCCUUCGUUCACUUGAUGUUACUAAAGCAACUGGACCUGACGAGAUCUCUGCAAGACUUUUGAAAGAAACGGCUGACCAAAUUGCACCAUCACUAACUUUACUAUACAAUCAGUCGCUUCACUCAGGCGUGUUUCCAGAUGAGUGGAAGCUGGCAAACAUUGUUCCGGUGUUCAAGAAAGAAAUCAAGGAAUAUGUAGAGAACUAUCGUCCAAUAUUCCUGCUAACCAUCAUAUCAAAAGUACUUGAACGGUGUUCUGGUCAGUCUACGGGAUCACCUCUUGCAAAUGUUACACCGAGCGCAACAUGGUUUUAUUCCCGGCAGAUCCUGUGUCACCCAAUUGGUUGA